CGCCGGGGCGCGGAGGGUCGGCGGGUGAUGCCCGGCGCGUGCUGCGCUUGCCCUUCGCGUUCUCAUUUUCCGUAACGCACGCCCUCUAAAAUUGCUGUGCGUUUUGAAGGCGGGGGUCAGCGUCUAGAUGUCCUGUAACAUUAAAACCCAUAGGAGAAGAUUAAGGAGGUGGAAUAACUCUUUUAAGAAUACUUUCCCGCGGCCAAAAGCUUUCCACCAGAGCCGUUAGUUCUCCGGAGCCUGCCUGCAUCUGGAGUUACAGUGAACGAUGAAGUCAUCAAAGUUUUUAAUGAUAUGAAAGUGAGGAAAUCUUCUACACAAGAGGAGAUCAAAAAGCGAAAGAAAGCAGUUCUCUUCUGUUUAAGCGAUGACAAAAGACAAAUAAUUGUAGAGGAAGCAAAGCAGAUCUUGGUGGGUGACAUUGGUGAUACUGUAGAGGACCCCUACACAUCUUUUGUGAAGUUGCUACCUCUGAAUGAUUGCCGAUAUGCUUUGUACGAUGCCACAUACGAAACAAAAGAGUCUAAGAAAGAAGACCUAGUAUUUAUAUUCUGGGCUCCUGAAAGUGCACCAUUAAAAAGCAAGAUGAUUUAUGCUAGCUCUAAAGAUGCCAUUAAAAAGAAAUUUACAGGUAUUAAACACGAGUGGCAAGUAAAUGGCUUGGAUGAUAUUAAGGACCGUUCAACACUUGGAGAGAAACUGGGAGGCAAUGUAGUAGUUUCACUUGAAGGAAAACCAUUAUAAAAUGACAGUCAAGUGCCAUUUGGAUCAUAAGGGGCUUUCUUUUUUUCCAGCUCAGUCCAUUGGAAUAGUAUUAGGUUUUGUUUUUUUGUUUUUUCCCUUUCCACUGGACCCUUCCAACACAAUGAAUGAAGGAGAUACCAUUCAUUUAAGCAGCUUGUCAGUGAUUGCCAUUAGACUGUUUAACACUGUUACUUUUGUGGUUAUUUUUAUGUACAACCUGAGGAAUGCCUUCCCAUCUUACAUUAGCCAAAACAACUGGUUAUAUGCCUUGCUUGCUGCAAGCACUACAGUGAAUGUGAUUGUCAAUGUGACUAGCUUAGAAUACUGCAAAGGAUAAGCUAAUUGAAUGCCUUGAAAGUAUUAGCCACUGGUCAGAUGGUAAACUUUUUCAGUAUUAUUUAUAGUUGCACUUGAUUGCAGUUCUGUGAGGCGCGCAGCAUUGGUACACCUCACCUGCCUUGGCAAGCCUAUUUUUGUGACAUGGCGGCACACAUAUAACACUAUGCAUUAAAAGCACUUUUUUUGUAAUGAAGUUAAUCCUCCGAAAAGAAUGCCAAUUAAGUUUCAUUAACUGUGUCAUCAGUUUACCCUUGUACCUCUGUUCAUUCCUGUUACCUGCGUAUCUUUAAAUAGCUGUUACAGUAUUAAUGCCUUUGUGUUUUCUGUUGAGUGUACACUACUGAAUAAGUGUAGAAGUUUUAUGUUUACCGUGUGAGUCUUGCAACAUUAAAGGUAGUCUGAAUAUCAGUCAUGAUGGCAGUUUCUGUAUAAAAGAGCCUUAAAUGGAACAUUGUUUUGAGAUCAAACUCCUUACCCUCACAAAAAUGGCCACGUUGCAAUAAAAAGUGUGGCAUAUUACAGAAUGUUGCCUUGUUUUCCUUGGGAAUUUUGCAAAAUGUUCUGUGGAACAACUUUUAGGUAAACAUCUAUUAAAGUCUCUGCAUUGGUCAUUUAAGAACUUUUCUGUAUGAUGUUCAUGUGUGAUAUUUUCCAGAUUUCUUGAAUUUCUUUGGUUUGAAAAAAUAUCCUAAAGCCACUUAAUAUAAAAUACCAUCCUUAAAGAGUGGUACUUUUAUAAACAUGUUUGUUUAUUUUAAUACAGAGAUUAGAGUAGUUUCUCUUGUUUUGUUUGC